UGAAUGUGCAAUAUUAAGUCUUGUACAGUGUACAGCAGGAUCCAGACACUGACCUCCAGACAUGCUGACCAGGAAUAUCCUGAUCUUCUGCACAUUGGCAGUGCUGUUUGUGGAAGCAGACCGUGAUGCAGUUAAUGUAGGCCCCCAAGCCAUGUCCACAGAUCAGGACUCCAUCUCUGAUGAGGCUCCUACAGUUAUGUCCUUUAUGAUUAUCUUCACAGAGAGCAUGAACUCUGUCUCGCCUCAUCAGCCCAACGAUGCAGGCAGCACAAGUGUAGAAGCAGCCCAGGCUAAUGGUCCUCAGGUCAAUGAUGUGACAACUGCUGAUGGCACUAAAUCCAGCACUGAAGAGCAAGAUGAGAAUGAGAGUUUGGAGUCCAAGGAGGUUGUGAAAGCGGCUCCGGUGCAGCGCGCAACAAAGACACGCAUUGCCAGCUCCCGCAAACGCAGCAAGCCCGUCGGCACCUCCAAAAAGAGAACGAGACCCCUUCGCCCAUAAAAUAACCCACGAGGUAGACACAGGGAGGAGCCAGGAGUUAAAUACUAAUGCCAAUGCAGUGAAAUAUGAGGAAAAGAAAUAAUGCUGUAUUCAGUGGCAUCUUUUUGUUUUGUUUUGUUUUAAUUCAAUAACCACAAAUUAGAUCUGGUUCUUUUGUCAUGUACUGUACUUACCCAACUGUUUUUGAUUUUGUGGUUAUUUGUUCGCUGUGGAAAUGUUGUUCAGCACAGUUACUGCAGUCUCAAGGACAAUUCUCUGUAUCGUCACAGAGCAUGUUUAACACAAGGGAGUAAACCUUUCAGUCAGGCCUCAUAAUGAAGUCAGUCGAAAUCAUCAAAGAGUCUAUUUGGCAUGACCAAAGUCAUCCUAAAGUCACAGUUCUUGGGACCAUCCAGAGGCUUUCCAGGGUCACAGUUACCUGGCUCCAAUUCUUUGAGUGAUGUGACUUCUUCCUGACAGGAAACCAAAUUGUGACACAACAGUUACAGUAGGCAAUAUUUCAUAUUUUCAUGGUAGGUAUUUAUCUGAAUCUCAGACUUGACAAUACUCUUCACUGGUGCUGGCUACCUGAACACAGUGUAUUCAGAUUAGCCAUAGCUUUUAGAUUAGAAUGAAAAGAAUUUAAAAUAAAAAAGCUAAAGCCCUGCUAAAGCUUUGCUCUCAACACAGUCAGUGUUUAAAUCAAAAGUGUUUCUACUAUUUUUGUCAGUGAUCACUUUUUAUACACACAGUAUUUAACGUUAUUGAAUAUCAUUUUCAAAUAUCGAAAUCAAAAGGUGUUAU